GUCCGUGAGCGCGCCCGUAGUGACGCAGAGCGGCGCUUUCACCGUGUCUGGAUGGCGUAGAAGCUGGCGAUGCCUGAACUUGAUUUUCCAGAUACUUUAAUAGUUUAAUCUGUGAAUGGCGCCAAAACAGGACCCUAAACCUAAAUUUCAAGAAGGUGAAAGAGUUCUGUGUUUUCACGGGCCAUUGCUCUACGAAGCUAAGUGUGUAAAAGUUAAUAUCAAGGACAAGCAAGUGAAGUACUUUAUUCAUUAUAGCGGAUGGAAUAAAAACUGGGAUGAAUGGGUUCCUGAAAGCAGGGUGCUUAAAUAUGUGGACACCAACCUACAGAAACAAAAGGAGCUUCAAAAGGCUAAUCAGGACCAUUAUGUUGAGGGAAAGAUGAGGGGUGUAGCACCAAGCAAGAAGAUUGCUGCUGUGCAGCAGAAAAAUGUUGAUCUGAAGAAAAAGAACAAACAAAAGACGCCAGGAGCAGGUGAGGGAACCAGCUCUGGGGAGAUGCCUCAGCCCCCUCGGAAGAAGAGGGCCCGCGUCGACCCCACUGUUGAAAGCGAAGAAACGUUCAUAAAUCGAGUGGAAGUAAAGGUGAAGAUCCCAGAGGAGCUGAAACCCUGGCUGGUGGAUGACUGGGACCUGAUCACCAGGCAAAAACAGUUGUUUCAUCUGCCAGCAAAGAAGAAUGUUGAUACGAUCUUAGAAGACUAUGCAAACUAUAAGAAAUCGAGAGGCAACUCGGAUAACAAAGAGUAUGCCAUCAACGAAGUAGUUGCAGGGAUUCGCGAGUACUUCAAUGUCAUGCUUGGUACCCAACUCCUGUACAAGUUUGAGAGACCGCAGUAUGCCGAGAUCCUGGCGGACCACCCCGACGUGCCCAUUUCCCAGAUCUACGGGGCUCCCCAUCUACUGAGGCUCUUUGUGAGGAUCGGGGCCAUGUUGGCCUAUACGCCUCUGGACGAGAAGAGCCUCGCCCUGCUUCUCAACUACCUGCAGGACUUUCUGAAGUAUCUUGUGAAGAAUUCCUCCACUCUCUUUAGUGCCACUGAUUAUGAAGUGGCCCCUCCAGAAUACCACCGGAAGGCAGUCUAAGCAGGACAUGUGAACACUGGAACUCUCCCCCACCCCACUCCUGUCCCUGGUUCACAGCUUUUUUCCCUUCCGUUUGGGAGUCUUGUCAAGGUUCUACACAGGGACAAGAGGCUUUAGUAUGACUCCUCACAUAUGCAGAUUUUUUUUUUUUGGGCUUUCAAGUCUUGUUCCACAUCACAAUUGAUCGCUGAAGCAGUUAUUUCGGAUAGACAUGUGUUGCAUGUUUUCAGCCGGCUUUUGAAAGACUCUUCAUAAAUGCGACUAUAAAAUGUCACCUCGAAUUUUCAUUUUACUGUGAUUUGCAGCAUUAUGAUCAUUGUUCACAUAAGUGUCUAUGGUUUUGUAUCAUGUAAAAUCUGUUCAGUCCAGUAUUGAAUGGGAACUCCGGUAGGGACUGAAAUGUGCAUUUUAUAGAAACAUAAAAUGCAUUGUUU